UCGGAGCGCCGCCGCCGCCUUGAUCUCCGCUGCCGAAUAACAAAGGGGAUACAUGGAGCGUGUGCCGUCGCUCCUGCUUCUCUGCCUUCAGUAGAAUUGCCAAAAUGCUUUGGAAUUCUUAAACGAUUCUAAAAGUGAAGUUGCUGAAGAUACAAAACUCAUAAGAACACAAGAAGCAGCAAGGAGGAUUCAGUGCCAAUGCAGCAACAAAGAAGACAGCCAGAGUUAGUGGAAGGAAAUCUUCCUGUUUUUGUUUUUCCUACAGAACUUAUAUUUUAUGCAGAUGACCAGUCGACACACAAGCAGGUGUUGACUCUAUAUAACCCCUAUGAGUUUGCCUUAAAAUUCAAAGUUCUUUGUACAACUCCAAAUAAAUAUGCGGUGGUUGAUGCGACCGGUGCAGUGAAGCCUCAGUGCUGUGUUGAUAUUGUGAUUCGCCACAGAGAUGUUCGUGCUGCUCACUAUGGUGUGAUAGAUAAAUUCCGUCUGCAAGUGUCCGAGCAAAGCCAGAGGAAAGCACUGGGGAGAAAGGAGAUUAUUGCUACUCUACUUCCAUCUGCAAAGGAACCACCGCAACAAAAGGAAGAGGAAGAAAAACGAAUAAAAGAACACCUGUCUGAAAGUGUCUUUUUUGAGCAGACUUUGUGUCAACCAGAAAACAGACCUGCCUCAUCGGGACCGAGUUUACUAACAGUCUUCCUGGGAAUAGUGUGUAUUGCAGCACUAAUGCUACCUACGUUGGGGGAAAUGGAAUCCCUGGUGCCUCUCUACCUCCAUUUAAGUGUGAAUCAAAAGUUAGUUGCUGCUUAUGUUUUAGGUCUCAUCACCAUGGUUAUUUUGAGAACAUGAGCAAUGACUUAACAGGACAUCAAACACCUUACUGUAUAUUCACAUCAUGAAUGUGGACUGCCUUUUACUCCCAUUGGGCUCAUCAAGAUGCUAGCAACUCUGUUCAGUGAUCUAAGAUACCUUCAGAAGUGUAAUAUAUUUUAACUAUGUAUAAUAAAUGAAAGACUCAAAGCACUUUUAGGUGCUUCUGUAACAGACAGCUAUGAAAUGUUCAGUGAUACCUGUGAAAAUGAUUUGAAACACUUUUAUAUUUACGCCUACUGUAAAAAAAAAUCCUUAUUAAAGCAACAUUUGUUAUUUUUAGUCUAUGUUCACAUCAGUGCGUGAUCACUAUAAAAGCAAACUGUCGUGUAAAGCGUUCCUUUGGUUUGUGGCUGUACCUGCUGGGGCUGAUGCCUGACACUUCUGUAUAUGUACCAGAAGGAUGGCAGUCGUGGCUAAUCAUUGAAGCAAAUGGAAAAUUUCAUCAGUGAAACUAUGAAAUAAACCAUUAAAUUUAGGUGAAGAAGUAAUUCUCAAAUUCCUUACUUCAUUGUUACCGAUGUAUCACUCAGUGCUCAUUUUCUUACCAGGGGAAGUAAUUUCUGCAACAGACAUUUUGUAUCGACUGUAGACAAUAAAGACCAGUUCUGUAAUCA